AUGUCAGUGAUCCUCAACAGACACCUGCGGCGGAUGACAGCAGGUUUCAUGGGUAUGGCCGUAGCAAUCAUCCUCUUUGGCUGGAUCACUGGCCUGCUUGGAUGUUGCUGGGACCGAGGCCUCAUGCAGUAUGUGGCCGGCCUGCUCUUCCUCAUGGGAGGAACUUUCUGUAUCAUUUCGCUCUGCACCUCCCGUUACCCACGCUACUUGUACGGUCUCCCUGAUGACAUUGGCCACGGAUAUGGAUGGUCCAUGUUCUGUGCCUGGGGAGGUCUGGGCCUUACCCUCAUCGCUGGCUUCUUCUGCACUUUGGCCCCAUCUGUUCAGCCCAUUCCCCGAUCAACUUGCCCCAAGUCCCGGCAGGAAAAUGGCACUAUAUGCUGA